CGAGCUCUGGAUGCGCGGAUUAUACCGCUACACUGGAUUUGACCUCAGCAUCACUCCAUCCACGCUCCAUCACUCACAGUGUGGAUUUCACGUUGUUUUUAGACAAUUUGUAGAAUGAAUCGGAUUCUCCGUCGGUGGAGUACUAUCUUCAUCAUAUGAGAUCAGUCAAAAGAAGGGCCAAUGUGGCCAUUAACAUGUGGCGAUAUAAUAUAAUCAGAACCAAUAUGGAGCAUCUCUGUUUUAAUCCAGAAAGUCGACUCAAGGGAACAUCAUCAGUAAAGCCUAUCUAGAUAGCAGAAGCUGAUCAUUUGUUCACUUCUAAUCUAAAGGCAAUUUGGUCUUUUUGGAAUUCAUCCUGGUACCCCUAACAGGAUUUAGGAUAGCAUGCGUCAAGAACCUCAAUGGCCACACCUUCUUCACUCAUAUGUUUGUUAUCUAAAGGAUUUGACGUUUCUUCAGUGAUCUUCACAUAAUUUGCCAGAAAACAUAACUGAGGAAUUUUAUUUUGUUCAGUGCACUCUUGUAGCAAAACCAUUGGUUACCAUGCCUCCCAUUUGCUGGCCCCAUUGUGUACUCUUACUGCUCAGCACCUUCCUGAGUCUUGGUUUGGGUCUGGAGUUCACAGGCUCAGAGGGUCAGUGGGCACGCUAUCUACGCUGGGAUGCCAGCACCAGAAGUGACCUCAGAUUUCAGUUCAAAACAGCUAUAUCAGAUGCUCUGGUUCUCUACUUUGAUGAUGGAGGAUAUUGUGACUUCCUGCUCCUGAGCAUUGAGGAAGGCAAGCUGAAGUUGCGUUUUAGCGUGGACUGUGCAGAAACCACUAUAACCUCCAACAAGAUGGUAAACGACAGUCGCUGGCACUUUGCCACCAUCAGUAGGCACAACUUGCGAACCGUGUUGGCACUGGACGGAGAGUCAAAGUUGGAUGAGGUGAGACCGCAAAGGCAGUUCAUGAAGAUUGUCAGUGACCUGUAUCUUGGAGGAGUGCCUCAAGACAUUCGGACAUCUGCCCUAACACUUCCAGCGGCUAAGGAGAUGCCACCGUUCAAGGGGAUUAUUACAGACCUGGGUUACGGGAAUCAGGUUCCAACACGCCUAGGGAGCCAAAAGGUCCGGUUAGAGAUGGAAGGCUUGUGUACGGAGAACCCCUGUGAAAAUGGAGGCAGUUGCAGCAUGGCUGACGGUGAAGCUUACUGUGACUGCUCCAACACAGGAUAUGUAGGUCGUUACUGCAAUGAAGCUGUCAACAAAACCCCUGGGUUCGCGCAUAUGGUGAAGUCUCCACAAGGCAGAAAUAAAGCACGCGAGGACAACGUGGCAACAUUCCGGGGUUCGGAGUACUUCUGCUAUGACUUGUCUCAGAAUCCUAUCCAGAGUAGCAGUGAUGAGAUCACUCUGUCCUUCAAAACUUGGCAACGCAACGGUCUCAUCCUCCACACGGGCAAGUCGGCUGACUACGUUAACCUAGCGCUGAAAGACGGUGCCGUUUCGUUGGUCAUCAACCUGGGCUCAGGAGCCUUCGAGGCUAUCGUUGAGCCUGUCAAUGGAAAGUUCAAUGACAACGCCUGGCAUGACAUCAAAGUGACACGCAACCUGAGACAGCACUCAGGCAUUGGACACGCUAUGGUGACUAUAUCAGUGGAUGGUAUAUUGACCACCACAGGAUACACUCAGGAGGAUUACACUAUGCUGGGCUCAGAUGAUUUCUUCUAUGUGGGGGGAAGCCCAAGCACUGCCGACCUGCCUGGAUCUCCCGUCAGCAAUAAUUUCAUGGGCUGCCUAAAAGAGGUGGUCUACAAAAACAAUGACAUACGACUGGAACUCUCUCGCCUGGCUCGCAUCGCAGACCCCAAGAUGAAGCUACAAGGGGACGUGGUGUUUAAAUGUGAGAAUGUCCCCACCCUAGACCCUAUCUCCUUUGAGACACCAGAAUCCUUCCUCAGCCUGCCCAAGUGGAACACCAAGCGUGUGGGCUCCAUUUCCUUUGACUUUCGCACUUCAGAGCCCAACGGACUAAUCCUUUUCACUCAAGGUAAGCCCCAGGACAAGAAAGAUUCUCGUAGCCAGAGGAGCAACAAAGUGGACUUCUUCGCUGUGGAACUUCUAGAUGGAAAUCUCUAUCUUCUGCUGGACAUGGGAUCAGGAACGAUUAAAGUCAAAGCCACGCAGAGUAAGGUCAAUGACGGAGCCUGGCACCAUGUGGACAUCCAGAGAGAUGGAAGAUCAGGUAUCAUCUCUGUGAACAGCCAUCGGACUCCAUUCACAGCCAGUGGAGAGAAUGAGAUUCUAGACCUGGAGGGUGACCUAUAUCUCGGAGGUCUGCCAGACAACCGUGUUGGCCUGGUUCUUCCCACUGACCUGUGGACCGCUAUGCUGAACUAUGGCUAUGUGGGGUGCAUCCGUGAUCUCUUCAUAGACGGACGCAGUAAAGACAUUCGCCAAAUCGCAGAGGCGCAGAACGGAGUCGGAAUCAAGCCGUCCUGCAGCAAAGUAACAGGCAAACAGUGUGACAGCAACCCCUGCAAAAACAACGGCAUCUGUAAAGAGGGCUGGAAUCGCUUCAUCUGUGACUGCACCGGGACCGGAUACUGGGAUCGAACCUGUGAGAGAGAGGCAUCUGUCCUAAGCUAUGAUGGCAGUAUGUAUAUGAAGGUGGUGAUGCCGACAGUAAUACAUACAGAGGCAGAGGAUGUGUCUCUGCGGUUUAUGUCCCAGCGUGCCUUUGGCCUGUUGAUGGCUGCCACGUCACGUGAGUCCGCAGACACACUGCGACUAGAGCUGGACAGCGGCCGUGUCAAACUGACCGUCAAUUUAGACUGUGGCAGGAUAAACUGUAACACCAGUAAAGGACCAGAGACAUUGUAUGCUGGCCAGAAAGUGAACGACAAUGACUGGCACUCAGUCAAAGUGAUGCGGCGUGGUAAAAACCUCAAACUCAUGGUGGAUGACGAUGUAGCUGAAGGUCAGAUGAAUGGUGACCACACUCGGCUGGAGUUCAGUAACAUCGAGACUGGAAUCCUGACAGAACGGCGCUUUGCCUCCACGGCUCCAUCCAACUUCAUUGGUCACCUGCAAGGCCUGAAGUUCAACGGCCUCCUCUAUAUUGACAUGUGCAAAAACGGAGACAUCGAAUUCUGCGAGCUCAAUGCUCGUUUCGGCAUGCGCUCCAUUGUGGCCGAUCCAGUUACAUUCAAGACCAAAGGAAGCUAUCUGGGUCUUGCUACACUCCAGGCUUACAGCACCAUGCACCUCUUCUUUCAGUUCAAAACUACCUCGGGUGAUGGAUUCAUUCUCUUCAACAGUGGAGAUGGGAAUGAUUUUAUUGCCGUGGAGCUUGUCAAAGGGUAUAUUCACUAUGCGUUUGACCUGGGAAAUGGACCGAGUCUUCUGAAGGGAAACAGCGACAGUCCUCUUAACGACAACCAGUGGCACAAUGUGGUGAUCACUCGAGACGCCAGCAACACACACACUCUAAAAGUGGACGCCAAGUCUGUCAGCCAGGUGGUCAACGGAGCGAAAAAUCUGGACCUGAAAGGUGAUCUGUUUGUGGCCGGUUUGGGACCGAACAUGUACCAGAAUCUGCCAAAGCUGGUGGUGUCUCGUGAGGGUUUCCAGGGCUGCUUAGCUUCCAUGGAUCUCAACGGCCGCCUGCCUGACCUCAUCAAUGAUGCUCUGUUCCGCAGUGGGCAGAUCGAACGUGGCUGUGAAGUUGGUUUCACCAAAGCUGACCUGCAAGGGCCCAGCACUACAUGCCAGGAGGAUUCGUGCGCCAACAUGGGUGUGUGCAUCCAGCAGUGGGAGAACUUCACCUGCGACUGCUCCAUGACCUCUUACUCUGGCACCCAGUGCAAUGACCAAUAAGCUGGCGUCUGUUUCUUUAAUGAUGUCUCCCAUGUUUAACCUCCGGCAGUUGUACACCGUUUCAUCACUCUGACAUUUCUAAUCAUAGAGGCAAAUUCAAUUUCACUCCGAAAAAUGGGCUCUUGAGCUUGCGAGACGAUUCUGUGUAGGGUC